AUGUCUAUCGAAUCGUCCACCACAGCCACGAUUUAUGAGCAGCAGCAGCCCUCAGCAUCGAGAGUGGUCGAGGAUCCCGCCCUUGUCGUGGAUUGGUCGGUUGCGAUCCAGCAAGCCAACUUGCAUCGCGUACAACGAUUACUACGAAGUCAUCCGGAUCUGCUGUGGACACCAUUGACGGCUUGGGAUCCCGAGAGAGAUGCGUCGCAUGUGAUUUCACAACUAAAGACUGUUCAACACCUUGGGUCGUCACUGGAUAACCUGUGUGCCAUCCAUUAUGCAUUGCUACAAUACAAUGAACCCGUACCUGGAGAAAAGAGCACACUUGCACAGUUACAAACCGGGAACCUUCUUUGGUUUUUGAUUGAAAGUGCCACAAAGCAGGAUCUGGAAAAUCAGCCUUGGGGAAAUUGCAAUAAUCGCACGUUACAUCUCGUUAGCUUUCUGGGACAUCAGCAGGUUGCACGACGCCUCUUGGAUGAUAAAAGCGUCUCCACUGAAAUACCCAAUGACCUCGGUUUCUUUGCUCGAGACGUUGCCCUAUCUGACGACUUGUUCCAUUUACUCUCACCUAUCAACAUGAUGGACGAUGAUAAAAGACGAGGCGGCCUCGCUCGUAAACAUCAGCAUUCAUCCAACGAUCGAUUCAAUCAACUACGUCAACUAGCAGAGACUACACCAUCAGCACAUAAGAAUAUUAAUUCAACACGCCAAGCUGAAGGACGUUAUUUUCGAAGUGGUCAUGUGGCAGAGAGCAAACGCAAAGUGCUUAGUGAAGAGGAAGCUGAAUUGGAGAAACAACGGUUACGACGACAACAAGAAGUAGCCAUGUUGGCGAAACGAUCUGCAGUCAAAAACAAUCCUCUAUUUAAGCGAUUCGAACAGCAGCAGCAGAAGCAGCACAAACGUCCUAUUACCAAUAAUACGACUGUAGCACUAUCUAAAUCAGGAUCGGCCACCGAAAUAGCGUCUGACAACAAUAAUAGUAAUUCAGCAAACAACCCCACCACCAACGAUGAGGAAUCAACAGCAGCUGAUGUGGAUGUUGAAGAACCAAAGAAAAAACGCAAUAGCAAAGUUAUUUCAGCAUUGCGCAACAAAUCCAUAGUUUCAUCCAGCGUGUUUUUGCAAACAGAGCCUGAAAGAGCAUCUUCACCAGCACCAGCACCACGCUCACCUCAGCUCACCCCUUCCGUUGAAGAUUCAUCACCUAAACCUACAACAAUACCAUCAAAGCAGCAUUCAUCCAAAGACAAUUCAACAACAACAACAGCUGCUGCUACUACUAAGGACGCAGAUAAUGUUACACAAGUGAAGGAAUUAUCGGAGGAAGAAGCAACUAGAAUGGAUCGGCGACGUUUGAGUGGAAGUCAAAAAUCACAAUGGGCUCUUGGGAUGAAUUCAUGGGCAUCAAUCAUGGAAAGAUCACAUCUCGAUACGCUUUCUUCUGAUGAUGACAACGUUUCAGAAGGUGAACAAUGGUUUGACAGCAAAGAAUUCGAAGCGGAUGAGAUUCGGAAUGAAGUCAAACAACCACCUUUGCAUCAAAAUGAACCAACACAGCAACCAUUGACACAGCAACCACAUUUGCAUCAAAAUGAGCCAACCCAUCAACCACCCAUCGACAACAUCGAGUCAACACCAGCAUCCAAUUUCGAUACCACACCCUCAUCGUCACCUUCCUCAUCAUCUCUUUCAUCUCCAAUCCUCGAAAGUUAUCCUACAUCUUCAUCAUCCAUAUCACCUGCAUCAACCAUCACUACUCCACCGGUCCAAGUUGCCAUGGAGCGUUCACCUGACAACGUUCAUGAUGAUGUCAGCUAUGGCAGUAUAUCUGUGAGCACCACUUCGCGCUAUGUGAGACGCCUUUCGCAAGCACAAAACCCUGCCUUAUUAGAAAUGCAGCAUAGACAAGAGCAACAACCUUGCAUAUUGGACGACGACACAAAGCAAUCGAAAUUCAAGAUCAAGCGUGUACCCGUGAAGGUGCCAUCAUCAGUAUCAAAACUCUCCAGCAGCACAACAAAGCAACAUGAUCCGCCUACAAUUAGACGUAGCCAGUCUGCGCUACAAAGCCUUGGAAGCACUGUUCCCGCUAGUAUAUCAUUAAGCAAGCACUCAUAUCAACCAAAAGCAUCUCGACAUGGCAAGCUUUAUUUACGCAUUAAUGCAGCUACGGAUAUGCUACUACCGCUACCAAAUGAGCCGACCUAUGUUCGUUGUGUGGUGAGCGAUGACCGAUACGAGUACAUGUCGCGAUAUGCAUUGCUUGGUCAACACAUCCCAUUUGAAUACGAGUGCAUUAUUGAUACGAAUGACGAUCCCGACAUGAUCAUCACCAUUUCUUUACAUGUUCGACCUGAUCAUCAUCUUCGAUCCAAGUUACCACUGACACGCCUAUUCUCAACCAACAAGAAACAUCACCAUCACGAUAAAGGAGGAUCCUUGUCUUCUUACAUCUGCCAUGAUGACGGAUCAAUAGGCCGUUCUCGAUUUGCUCUUUCACACAUGCUCCAUGGCUGUUACAUGUGCUCCUACUCGACAAGGUUUGAUUGUUUCAACGCUUGGACACAACAACGCCAAAAGCAUCGGUCAAAGGAAGAAGGUGAUGUACUCAAAGUGAUUGGAAGCUUGGAAAUUGAGAUGCUUUAUCUACCUUUGAAUGAUCCAUCCAUGUCGGUUCCACGUAACCUUCGAGACUGUGAUAUGGCAAUCAAAAUUCAACAAUGGAAUGAAACUUGCUGGAAUACAGAAAACUUGACGAGUUCACGAACAAGCAAAAUGCCUGAUACGACUGGAAAUGGAUUGAUGAAAAACCUCCAACCAACAAGAUCACCUAGUCUUUUUUAG